AUUUUGUAAAACUAAAAUGGUCGUCGUUGUUUUUUAAAGAAAGCGGGAGAUAACAAACAAAAUAAAUUAAUUUGACGCGUUUUGUUCGUCGCAGGAAUUAUUAAGCUAAUGGGAAAACUGUGCGGAAAGAAGUUUCGUUUUUAAUUUGCCCUUGAAAUCCGUAGUUUUGUGUAAUUGAUUCGUAUCCGUUGCGGAAAUUAUUGGAUUAUCCGCGUAAAAGGAAAAUGUCGCGUUGGAAUAAAGGACGAGUACAAACAUAUGCUCUGCCUUUGGACGCGUUAGUGAAGGAGAAAGAAAAUACCAACCGACCAGUAGCUGCUAGAUCAGCCGGAACAGUUGGUAAAUGGGGAAUAACCAGCUUUACGUCGAUCCGAGGACCUGCAUAUGGCUAUUCGUCGUUCAGUCCCAAACAGGAACAGACACAUCAAAAUAUUUCAUUGCAGUCGGGUGACAGUGCUUCCCAGCUGGCUCCGCCUACUGACGCACCAAAACCAAAAAAGUUUUUCAAAAGCCGAAAUAUUGUGCCAGCUACUGGUAACCUGACACCGCCAACACAAGUAGAUCCAAUUCAACAAAAUGCAGUGCCUAAAAUUAGUUUGAAAGUAAACAAAAAACAACCGAAUGCUAGUGAUGAAAUACGCAAAACUAAAGUGGAAAAACCGGUCAAGCCGAAAAAGGUUAAGAAGCCAAAAGACGAAGCGAAAUUAAGCGUUGAAAAGCCGACACGAGUACUGUCGCGCACCCGCAAGGCCGUUAAUUAUUUGGAAGAUCGCAGUUGCAGUCCGACACCGAAUUAUGCAGCUGUCAUCGAAGCCAGAAGUGGUGCGGCGAACCAAGUGUCGGACGAGGUGAGCCCGACAAAUACAACAAAUGCAAAAAGUAAUGACAACACAACAGCAAGUGAUGCUGUAGACGAUGCAAAGAAUGUGGCGCAUGAUCAUCCUCCGAUCGUCCUGAGAAUAUCAAAGGGUACGUCACGCCUUAUCAGUACGGAUAGCGAGGAAGUUAUAAGGUCUCCAUCAUCGCGAUCGCCGCCUCAGCUCGGUCCCCCAAUCGUCCCAACUGGGCAACAUUUAACAUCUACUGCCGAACUGUUGGCAGUUCUGUCGGAUGAUCUACCACCACAUGAGCCAGUCAUAUCUGAGCCGGUUCAAUCGGUUGCCGUUGCUGCCGCAGCAGCCUCCGCCGUCACGGAACACAAACCGGAAGGCAUUAAAAUAAAAAUCAAAAAGAAUCUAGCCCAAGCAUUUAUCACUUCAAAUGGAGACGAUGUUAAGCCGGCUGCACCGUCGGUAGUUAGACGAAAUACACGUGCUACACGACGAACGCAAGCCGAAGAUUUGGGAAAAAUUGCGACAGCCAUGAAAGAUAAUUCACCGCAGCCGGGCAACGAAAAUUAUGAAUUGUAUCGAACGCUCGCCUCGCCGGAAGACAAGGAUUUCGAUUCGCAGAGCUCAGUUUUGGGUAGCAUAUCGUCGAUGUGUGUACCAAUGGUUCCCGAAGAUAGUCGAGUGAUUGUCAGCCGUGGUUCUAGCCACGUUUCCAGUGUCGAUCCAGAUGACCAGGAAACGAGUCAGGACAGUUCGUUGAUGGCCGCACCAUCAGAAGUGGAUGCCAGACUGUCGACGCCGAUGGAAUGUGAAGUGGAGAAACCGGCAGAAGUUAAUAUUUCGCCGAAGAGGAACACAAGGAGUAGAGUUAAGUCACCGCAACCAACAGCUAACGAAAUUGUAAAACCACCAGAACCUGAAGUGAUGGAGAGAAGAUCCACACGGAACAAUAACAACGGAAUGCUUCAGAAAUCGACAAUGGAGUCAAUUCCUCGCCCACCUAUCAAAAGUUACGGAAGGAAGCGAAAAUCAGCAAAGCAAGACGAGACCUCAAACAAUGAAAUUUUGUCAAAAGUAGACGAAACGACUGAUCAACCAUUGUUAUCACCGACGACUGUUCAUAUGUCGCAAAGUAGCACGAAUUCUUCACCAGACCAAAAUAAAGUCCAUGCCGCCAGCGAGCACAAAGUUUACAGAAAAGUGAGAAAAAUGAAUAUUGACGACGGUGCGGCGGACGAUGAUAAGCAUGUCAAUAAUAAUUUAGCAUUAGGCGAAGACGACAAACCGAGUGUCAAAUUGGUGAUAUCGAAAAAGAAAGGAAGCAUUUUCAAAAGUCGUGCCAUUGCGGCAGCCAACAGUGAAGGUGAAAACAAGAAGCGUCACGUGUACAAACACAAGUGGGACGACGAUUCAAAAGACAAAGCGGCUGCCAAUGAAACAACGACGAAACCAAUCAAUUCAGAUGCAUACUACAAUGACUUUGAUGAGGAUGGCGAGCCGAGUAGUGGUCUGACUCGAGUUACCCGACAACGAUCACCGCAGGCUUAUGACGAGAGCGAAAUGACCAGCGUGAAAUGUGAUACCAAAGUAAAGAAAUUCUACACCGUCGUUAGGAAUGUCAAGAAAGCACAUCAGAUUCAAGAGAUUGGCGAAUUCCAGGAAAUGGACGACGAUGUGGAGUAUAUUUUGGAUGCACUUCAAUCGCAAAAUCCAAUGUCAACGAGAUGCCUGUCUGCCAUUCAGUUGGCAUCAAAAUGUAUGACACCAGCAUUUAGGAUGCAUUUAAGAGCUCACGGAACGAUAACGAAGUUCUUCAAAGCUUUACACGAUGCCUCCAAAGAUCAGAGCUUGGGUCUGUGCACGGCGACGGUGAUGUUCGUGUUGAAUCAGGAUAAUCUGAAUAUGGACCUGGAUCGCGACUCGCUGGAAUUGAUGUUAAAUUUAUUGGAGUCUGAUGUGAGCCACGCAAACGCGUUGGACGAUUGUGGAUUAACAAAGGAACAGUUGCAACGAAAUAAGGCCAAGGUGAGGGAGCUGUGCGCGGAGAUUAAAAAUCAGGGAAAAGCCGUCCACUUGAAUUUGGACAACAUUACAGUGGGUACGUUAGCCAUGGAAACGCUGCUCUCACUCACUUCGAAGCGUGCCGGUGAAUGGUUCAAAGAAGAGUUACGGGAACUGGGCGGACUGGAGCAUAUUAUCAACACAAUAUGUGAAUGCUGUCGUCAAAUAUCCGAUUAUGUGGUUGACUGGACGGAAUCGUUGCUGGAGAAAUUACGAAAGAUCGAACGGUGCUUACGUGUGCUUGAGAAUGUGUCCACUCAAAACGAAGAGAAUCAAAGCUACAUUUUGUCGUACAAGAAAGGCCAUGCCGUCGAUACUCUGGUCACAUUUUACAAGCUUUGCGACAGUGAGAUUGCACUGUAUCCGACAACCGACCAAACACCCAAAGAUAAUCCAGGCGUUGUGUUGCGCGAGGCUUUGGUGCCAACAUUGAAAGUUCUGAUCAAUUUGACGCAUCCGUUCAAUGAAAAGUCCGUAGGAAGUGCAAUUUUGGGAGAGAAAUUGUUGAUAUUCGACACCAGCCUACAUUUGUUAUUGCAAGCACCGAAUUACGUUCCGGAAGGCUGUAUAUUUGAAUUAAGUAUUUUGGUUCUGCUGCUUCUAAUCAAUCUAACGAUGUACACACUUCCGAAUCGAAUAGUGGUUAUGAAAGCGAAUGCUCCGUCCGAUCACAAUCAGUUCAACAAAGUACCAGCGAUAAAAGCGUUGAUCGAAUACUUCUACAAAUGUGAAGAAAUGGCGAGACUUGUCGAGCAAAACACCGAUGACAUUCUGGAUAAUCCCAAGCAAACCGAACGUAAAGCCCAAUCGCAAGAAGAGGUCGAAGAGACUGUUACAAAAUUACUACAAAAGGCUGGCCAUCACAUGGAGCAUACGAUGCUGGCAAGUUAUGUGUGCAUUUUAGUCGGUCAUUUGGUGAUGGAUAGCAAGGAACAUGAAGAGGACAUUCGGCGAUAUUUGAUCAACGGACAGUUCACCGAAAUGGUGCAAAUUCUCGAAAAGUAUUACAAUUUCAUGAAUUUAACCGCCAGUUACGAAGCAUCCCAUGUCGCUCACAUCAAGCAAACGAAAAUGAUAAUCGAUUAUCUGAGCGACAAACAUUCCACAUCUGAUAACGAACAUUUAGCAUCAUCGGUGGCCACAACCGGCACGUCGUCGUCAGCAGCGACAAAGCAUUCGACAUAUUCGGCGUACAGCAGCGGUAACAGUGCUGCUUCAUCCACAUUUUUUUCGAAUAGGUAAUUGUUAGUUUCUAGUUUUUAAGGACAAAAUUCUAUUUUAGGACUGUGUUUUGAGUCAGUGAGAGAGAAAGAGAGAGAGAGAGAGAGAGAGCGAACGGCAACGACUUUGAAGGUUGUUAUUUAUAUAUCGAAAAAUUGAUAGAGUUAACUUAUUGUAUUUCUUUCGGCUAAUAAGGCGCAGAAGUUUUUUUUUGUAUCUCCUUUUCUCGGUAUGUAAAGUGAAACUUAGCAACACUAUCCUGGUAAAUGAUGAUAGUUCUUAAGGUUAACGUGUUUGGUUGUGUUGCUGUAAUUUAUUUUUUGUUCAAAAAAAAGAGAAAAGAAAAUCCGUCAAAUGUUCUGCCAUCUUUGGAUAUAA